GUUGCCUUCUCUUCCGGACAGAGCGUCUGUGCGCCCGCACGUGGUUGUGUUGCUCGGGCUUGAGCCCGCGCUUGCUGAGGAGUGAUUUCACGUUUCUCCCUGGAGCGAGCGAGCCCAGCUAGAGUCAUGGAGGGCCAGAGUGUGGAGGAGCUACUGGCAAAGGCCGGGCGGGACGAGGCAGAGAAGCUGCAGCGCAUCACGGUGCACAAGGAGCUGGAACUGGAGUUCGACCUGGGUAACUUACUGGCCUCGGACCGGAACCCUCCAACCGGGCUGCGGAGCGCGGGGCCCACCCCUGAGGCUGAGCUGCGGGCCCUGGCGCGAGACAACACGCAGCUGCUCAUCAACCAGCUGUGGCAGCUGCCCACGGAGCGCGUGGAGGAGGCACUGGUGGCGCGGCUGCCGGAACCCACCACGCGCCUGCCGCGCGAGAAGCCGGUGCCCCGGCCGCGGCCGCUUACACGCUGGCAACAGUUCGCGCGCCUCAAAGGCAUCCGUCCCAAAAAGAAGACUAAUCUGGUGUGGGACGAGGUGAGCGGUCAGUGGCGGUGCCGCUGGGGCUACCAGCGCGCCCGCGACAAUACUAAGGACUGGUUGAUCGAGGUGCCGGGCGGUGCUGACCCUUUAGAGGACCAGUUCGCUAAGAGGAUUCAGGCUAAGAAAGAACGGGUGGCCAAGAAUGAGCUGAACCGGCUACGUAAUCUGGCCCGCGCACAUAAGAUGCAGCUGCCCAGUGCGGCCGGAAUGCACCCUACCGGACACCAGAGUAAGGAGGAGCUGGGCCGCGCCAUGCAGGUGGCCAAGGUCUCCACCGCCUCCGUGGGGCGCUUCCAGGAGCGCCUGCCCAAGGAGAAGGUCCCCCGGGGCUCCGGCAAGAAAAGGAAGUUCCAGCCACUUUUCGGGGACUUUGCAGCAGAGAAAAAGGGCCAGUUGGAACUGCUGCGAGUCAUGAACAGCAAAAAGCCUCAGCUGGAUGUGACGAGGGCCGCCAAUAAGCAAAUGAGGGAGGAGGACCAGGAGGCGGCAGCCAAGAGGAGGAAAAUGAGCCAGAAGGGCAAGAAAAAGGGGGGCCGACAGGGCCCUGGAGGAAAGAGAUAUGGGGGUCCUUCCAGGCAUGGAGGGAAAAGGAAAGGGGGCUUGGGAGGCAGGGUGAAUUCCGGACCUCCUGGCUUAGGUGGCAAAAGGAAAGGAGGGCCACGCCAAGGAGGAAAGAGGAGGAAGUAAAUUUCACCCUCGGCGCCGCCUGUAAACUACACUGAAUGUUAAAUUGUAGGUACUGUAGGAGGAUGCAGAAGGUGGCCCUGCCUUCAAGGUAGCACUAAAUUGGACUUCCAGGACUUUGGCUGGAGAUUAAAGGGUGUAUUUGAGGACAUAAAAAUUGGGGAAAGAAUUUGGUCAAAACUGGCAGUGAGUUCUAUUUUUAAACAGCUAUCUUCUUCUAUUUAACUUUGAAUAUUGUGUGCGGGAGAGUUCAUACUUCAGGACUUUGAUUUCUGCAUUAUUUUUAUAACCUGUGUAUUUAUCAAAACCGGG